UGGGCACAGUGCUGUUAAUAUUGCAAAAUCUAAAAUCGUGAUUUUCGGAGGCGUCGUUGAUAAACGUUUCCUCAAUGAUAUUACAGUUUACGAUGCUGGUAAGCUAUGAUGCAUUAUAGGGUUUACGGUUGAGUUACUAUGCAAAUGAAGACAUAAGGAAAACAACUUUCAAGAUAGUGGUAGCGCAUUGCUGGCUCCCAUGAUCUUGCCUGGUCCAGAGCUCCCAUGCAGAAUGUUCAGUUUUGGACCUCCAUGACCAUGGCCAGAUAUAGGCUCUCGUGGCACUAUUCACCCAUGACCAUGGGGAUAAGGACUCUUAUCUGUUCCCGAAGAUAAUAAGCUGUGGUUUCAGCCUGAGUGCAGUGGCAGUGGUUCUGAUGGACAGGUCGGUCCAAGUCCCAGAGCAUUUCAUGUGGCUGUUACUAUUGACUGUCAUAUGUUUAUAUUUGGCGGGCGUUCAGGUGCCAAAAGGCUCGGUGACUUCUGGGUAUUGGACACAGAUAUAUGGCAAUGGUCAGAGUUGACGAGUUUUGGGGACUUGCCUCCGGCGCGCGAUUUUGCUGCUGCUGCACCUAUAGGAAAUCAAAAGAUUGUCAUGUGUGGUGGCUGGGAUGGUAAGAAGUGGCUGUCAGAUGUGUAUGUUUUGGACACAAUAUCGCUAGAGUGGACGGAGCUCUCAAUUUCAGGGACAGUGCCUCCUGCGAGAUGUGGUCAUACUGCUACGAUGGUUGAGAAACGAUUGUUAGUCUAUGGUGGAAGAGGUAGCACUGGAAUUGUGGGGGAUUUUUGGGCUUUAAAGGGGCUCAUAGAGGAAGAAAAUGAAACACCUGGUUGGACCCAACUGAAGCUUCCUGGUCAGGCUCCUUCCUCCCGAUGUGGUCAUUCUGUUACAUCUAGAGGGCACUAUCUAUUACUGUUUGGAGGGCAUGGGACGGGUGGUUGGCUUAGUCGUUAUGACAUUUACUACAAUGACUGCGUCAUCCUAGACAGAGUAUCUGUGCAAUGGAAACGGUUACCUACAAGCAAUGAGUGCCCACCAGCUCGAGCAUAUCAUUCCUUGACCUUAAUUGGCUCACGCUAUCUGUUAUUUGGCGGCUUUGAUGGGAAAUCUACUUUUGGAGAUUUUUGGUGGUUAGUUCCCGAAGAUGAUCCUAUUUCAAAGAGAUUAAACCCAUCUUUGUCAAAACAUCCUCAUGAGGACAAGGAAGUAUCCACUUCUGAUUCAACAUUGCAGUCUGUCCUGAAGAGAAGCCAAGAGCAAGACUCUGCUAUCUCAGAACUGCAAAGAAGAAUCAAGUCUUUUUCUUUGUUUUCUAUAUCUGAGCUUCAGAUUUUGGAUGAAUCAAAUGACAAGGAACUGCAUGACUUAGCUCGAAAGCUCAUGGAAGGAAGAGAAUCUACUCAUGAUGCAAUUUCACUUGCUCAGGCAGUUCAGAUGCUUCGUGAUCACUGGAAGAAUGCCGAAUCUAGAAUCAUCGAGUUAAGACAACUGGGGCCCUUGCUUCGUGACUAUCAACGCUUGAUUAAGCAUCGUUAUCUGACCAACAUUAGUUCUGACAAUUAUCCAGCAUCUCUUGGAUUUCUCUCUUUUGGAAGUUCUGCUUAUCAGUUCUAUCAUAUCAAAGAUGCUUCUCAGUUGCGUAUGGAUGAUAUUCCGAAGUUGCUGUCAGAAUACAGAGAGAUUCUGGGUGAUUGAUGUUGAUUCCCAGCUACUAUCUAAAUUGAAAUCAAGAAAAGAAUUUAGAGUUGGUUUUGGCAUCUUCAGUCACCUGUAAAAGUUGUGGUUUAUCAUCCAUUGAUAUAUUAGGGUAUUAGCUGCUUUCCUACUACAGGUACUAAUUGUUGCCAGGGAUGUGUAUCUCCCGACUCCCUCUCUCUGAUCUAGAACUGCGAACAAGAAGAGAUCGUGAAAGCAAGACUUUUUUUUCCAACCACUGUCGUCAAGGUGGAAACCGGGCCAUUGAGCUUCCUUGUUUAUGAGUCAUCAUUCUGUUCCUCUGUUAUUUUCUGGAGGGCGUAAAGCCUAACUUACCAUUGAUGCUGUUUAUAUUGAGUAAAAUCUUUCUACCGUUCUUCUCAUACCCUAUUUCAUUUGCAACAAUAUCUCUGUACAUACCUCCCCUCCCUUAUUUCUUUUUAUGAAUGAAGGUUUUGGUCAAUCUAUUAAAAUGUUCUGUUUGGUUCA